AUGCCUACAGAAUUAGAAGAAUUAGUUGGAUUUUUACAUUCUCCUCAACCUGCAGUUGUUCAAAUAGCAUUAGAUAAUUUAGUUGGCUUUUCAACCGGUGAACAACAAAAAUUAUUCACUAUAAAUGAUUAUGAACCAAUUAAAGAUUUAAAAAAUCUAUCUAAAAAGAAAGAAUCAAAAGUAUUAGUACAACAAUCAAUUACAAUCCUAGCUAAUUUAUGUGAAGAUUUAAUGAUUAGAAAUUUAAUUAUUGAAGAUUUAGAAUAUUUUAAAUACUUAACUAAAGAAAUUAUAAAUUUGAACAAUUCAAAUGCUGAUUUAAUGUGUAUAUUAUUAUUAAAUCUAGCUAAAAAUGAUUUAAUUAAUAAAGUAUUGGAAUUUGAAGUUGAAUUAGAUGAUAAACAAAAAGAUGUGUUUAAAUCAAAUAAAGUUAUAAAUUGUCUUAUGGAUUGUUUUGUAAAGGGAUUCGAUAGGAAUCUUAAUAAAUUUGCUAAUUUUGAUUAUUUAUCAUAUUUCUUUGCUGAUUUAUCUAGAUUUAAACAAGGUAGGGAAUAUUUUGUAAACUUGCAAGAAUAUGAUAAUGUUGUUCCAUUGAGUAAAAUUCUUGUGUUUACUGAAAAAUAUGAUGAUAAAGUAAGAAGAGAAGGUGUUGCUUCAACUAUAAAGAAUUCUUUAUUUGAUAUACCUCAUCAAUAUGAAUUAUUAAAAGAUGAAAAAAUAAAUUUAUUAACUUAUGUUUUACUUCCACUUGCUGGUCCUGAAGAAAUUGAUGAAGAUGAAAUGUUUGAAUUACCUGAAGAAUUACAAUUAUUACCAAGUGAUAAAAAAAGAGAACCAUUAAAUGGGAUCAUCUGUAUACACCUUGAAAGUUUGUUGUUAUUAUGUACUACUAAAGAUGGUAGACAAUAUUUAAGAGACAAAUCAGUAUAUUCAAUUAUUAAACAAUUACAUUCAGUAAAUGAAGAUCCAAAAGUUGUUGAUUUAUGUGAUAGAUUAGUUCAAAUGUUGAAAAGAGAUGAAGCUCCCGAUCAAGAAGAUAUUGAUCAAAUUGCAAAUGAUGAAGAAGAUGAUCAAAUUGUAGAAAUAUUAUAA